CAAAUCCAACACAAACGCCCACACAUGCAUCUGGCCAUAGGUGUUUUAUUGUACUACGAGAAGUGUCGCUCCACUGCCCAGAGUGUGUUCCAAAGAUUCGUUUUGUUUCGUCUUUAAUUUUUGACUUUCUCAAUUCGCCUUCAUGUUGCUCCGUUCGUAAGUUAUUCCAGUCCAUUCCGAGGCAGGCCGUACUAUUGUUUCCGUCGUCGUCCCAUCGUUUCGGUAGCACGGCAGGUUUCCUCACCCUCCCCCGGUUUCUCGACCUGUUACGUUUCGGUCCGUCUCGGUUCGGUUUCGCUUUCUCGGUUUUUUGGUGUGAUAAGUGCGAACCGCCGUUGUUGGCCCAAUAUACCGUCGUGGACCGCUCCAUCCCUUUGGCUUGGGACAGUGCAAAGGGCUACGAGUGGUAGGGUUUAGUUUUUUUCUUUGACUAGCCGACCACACCGGGAGCAGGAUAGGAUCAGUCCGUCCUAUCUGCGCGGUCUCCAUCCGAGUGUGGGCCCCCCUUCCCUCCUUCGUUUCGUCGAUCUGGGGGUAGAAAGCAACGAGGGCCGAACUCAUUCAAGCAGCACAGAACCCAGCGCAAUGAGCUUCCUGUUUCGCUCGAGCAAAACAUUCAAACCAAAGAAAAACAUUCCGGAAGGCACACACCAGUAUGACCUUAUGAAGCAUGCGGCCGCGACGCUCGGGUCGGGCAAUUUGCGCAACGCGGUACAGCUUCCCGACGGCGAAGAUCUCAACGAAUGGGUGGCAGUCAACACGGUAGACUUCUUUAAUCAAAUCAACAUGCUGUACGGUACAAUCACGGAGUUUUGCACCGAGGACACAUGCAGCAUUAUGUCGGCCGGACCAAAGUACGAGUACCACUGGGCGGACGGGCAGACGGUGAAGAAACCGAUCAAGUGCAGCGCGCCCAAAUACAUCGACUACCUGAUGACGUGGGUGCAGGACCAGCUCGAUGAUGAGACGCUCUUCCCGUCCAAGAUCGGCGUACCGUUUCCGAAAAACUUCAUCAACAUCGCCAAAACGAUCCUGAAGCGACUGUUUCGCGUGUACGCGCACAUCUACCAUCAGCACUUCUCCGAGGUGGUGCGGUUGAGCGAGGAAGCCCAUCUGAACACUUCCUUCAAGCACUUCAUCUACUUCGUGCAGGAGUUCAAUCUGAUCGAUCGCCGGGAGCUAGCGCCACUGCAGGAUCUUAUCGACAAGCUCAUCACAAAGGAUGGCCGAUAAGUGCGACCGAACGCCCGGCUGUCGGUUUCACACUUACCCGGGGGGGGAGGGAGGGUUUGGUACGAUUCAUCCAGCGUGAUGGUUACGGGACGAUGUGGCACACAAGACAGACCGACUCGCUCCACUCCACUAUCCCAUCCCCACCCCUUAUUCUUAGCGGCCUCAUCUCUCGCCCUUGCACCGGAAAUCCGCGACCCUCUCUCACUAAGCUAAUUUAUUUCUUUUACCGCUACGAUGUUCUCGAAUGUGUGUUUUUUUAAAAUUAAAGUACGUUUUACAUGUUAAGAGCUUUGUGCCCGUGCCUGACUUCUACCGGGAGUCCCUACUCGCUUGCAGAUGAUAAUAAUGGAGCAGAGAGAAAAAAGAACGGUAGGGAGCCUAGGCUCCAGCGGCAGAGAGGUGGCAGUGUGGUGUAAACGGGUGGCAUUUUAUGAAAAUGUCCUCACAAUGUUUGUCUCGUACACGGUCGCAGUCGGGUCGUGUUCCGCAAUCCGCAAUUUUGUAUAUAUCGUUGAUAGAUACCGCCUGUGUUUCCUUUUUCGGUUUCCUUUCGUUUGAUUGAUACGCACUGCAAAUUUUGUGCAAUUGCAAUUGCGCAACCCAGUCAGAUGAUCGUUUCUGUUUGUUUGCUGCUACGAGAGCAAAGAGAGAGAGUGAGAGAAUGGCAUUGGCAAUGUAGUCCCAAGAGUAAAUCGAACAAAUUGCGUAAAUCGCAUGUCCGUGAAUGCAUACGAUGUGAAAUGACCGUUUUAGUGAUGCUGCUUGAUUUGAGAUUUUAGUUGCCCGUAUAAAGAAAUACAAUAAUGAUCUAGGGAAGAGUAUUGGUUUGACGAGGUAUGCCUGUCCGUGUGGAGACAAUUUAAACCCCGCUUCAACAUUCUGCACGCGAAACAGAACAUGCUCGGUACGACAGGAAGACGAUUGCACUCGACUUUUCUGUACUUUUCUGUGAACACGCUCCUUGUUGCUGCUUUGCGGACACUAUUUAACCAUCAAAAAGGACAGGGAAAGAGUCCAAAUGCAGACAAAAACGAGAAACGAACGGACGAAUAAUAUGCUACAAGCAGCGCCAACAAUUGACUGAUAACGGUGGAGAGAAAUGAAAAAAAAAAACAAUGCACAGGGCAGCAAUGGAAACGAUAGGCUUACAAGAAAACAUACAAUUAAAGAAAGUAAGAAUAAUACUAUACAACCCCGUAGCAGCAGUAAGGUGCGCCAGGAAAUGUAAAGAGAGCUGGAAAAUGGAGCAUUUUUAGAUUUCAAAGAACGAAAAGGAACGAAGCUAUUCGAGUGAAGCGCGGAUGCAGAAACAGGACAUGGGGGCUGCGUGUGGCCGACGAUUGCAACGUGCGAAACGAUGUGAACGCAUUAAAAACAAAAAGGUACGAUAACUGUAGAUUUCUUUUAA